ACUGCUAUAAAUACUCAAGGUACGGCAACAUAGCAUCCAGAUAAGUUGCUCCGUUGCACUUACAUUAUUGAAACUAUUCACCAUGACGUCAGGAAAAGUAUUAGUGUUGUUGUGCGUUUUGGCAGCGGCACUAGCCGAAACUUACACAGACAAAUAUGACAAUAUUGAUCUAAAGGAAAUUGCAGAGAACGAGAGGCUGCUAGAUGCAUAUGUUAAAUGCUUACUGGAAAAGGGGAAAUGCAGUCCUGAAGGAAAAGAACUUAAAGCUCACAUGAAGGAUGCCAUCGAAACUGGUUGCGAAAAAUGCACGGAGGCCCAGAAAAAGGGUACCAACUUUAUGAUUGAUCACCUGAUCAGUAAGAAACCGGAGAUUUGGAACGAGCUUGCCAACAAAUACGACCCCACAGGCAAAUGGAGGAAGGUUUAUGAGGAACGCGCAAGAGAACAUGGAAUCAUCAUCCCUCAUUAAAUUUCAUCACAACGGAUUUUAAAGCAUAAAAUCAGCAAGAAAUUUUCUAAACCAACUUAUAUUUUAUUUAUUAUGAAACAAAUAAAUUUGGAUUAC